AUGAGCCAGCCGGACGUUACCAUGUCAGACCAACCAUACGAAAAGCCGUACGAAAAGGCGACGCGCUACACAGUGUUGUCUGUCGCACCAAACAAAAAGGCGGCCGCCCCUGGGCCUGAGCGUCAAGCUCUUGACGAUGCGCUUCACGACCAGAAUUACUACAAACAGAUCGCGCAGGAUGCCCACAAUAGGCGCCGUGAAGAGACGGAGAAACUAGGCAAACAAUUGCAGACCGCAAAAGGCGCCCUCGCUACUCACCAAGCCCAGGUCGAACUGUUGCAAGCCCAGGUCAAAGAGCAGCAAGAACAUUUGAAUCGGAGGGAUACGGCGCAUGAGAUGAGAGCAAAAACCCAAGAGCAGCUCGGGACACUCCUCGCGCAAUUGGCCCAGAGCCAGAGCCAAGCUGUUGAACAGGCCGGCAUUGCCCACACCGAACAGAUCGCACGUGAUGGAGAAGUCAACGACCUUCGCGGGCAGAUGCAUGAGCAAGAGGAUGAGAACAUGCGCCUUCGUUCGGAGCUCAAGACAGCAACGAGAGCCAAGACUCAGCCCGGCGCAGUCAGACGCAGUGGGCGCAUCAAUGCCAAACUCUUUCCCCAAGCACGUGCCACCACAAUCGAGCUUCCGCUUGAUCCUAUCUCGUUGACGGACUCGAUGACGGAAAGCAAGCUAUCAUCGACAGCUCCUACAUCAGACUUGACCAACGCUUUGGCCAAUGACCCAUUCGUGGCAGCGCUAGCAGAUAAGUUCAAUUUCGACGUCGAAAUGACCGCCAAAUUCCUGGCAGCCAUGCAACUUGUCCAAGCCAAGGGCAAUACAGAGAUAGUGGUCAAUAAGCCGGAGCCGAAGCCGAGAGCAAAGCAGGGAUCCAAUGAGAAGGAAGCCGUCGAGCCCAAGACUCGAGCCUUGAUCAAUAAAGCUCAGGCCAUGAUGCGUGGUAUAGUGCACGAAAAGUUUGGGACGACACAAGCAUUGGACUUCGCUUUCCACCAGGCGGCAACGGUAGAGCAGGUUGACGCAUAUGCCAGCGACGAGACGGCCACCAUUAGCGCGUAUCAGUGGGAUUUCAACGAAGGCUAUCAAUAUUCGGCGUGGAACGAUACAGUCAAAACACAGCUUGUCAACAAAGCUAUCAAAGUGGACAACGAAGGGAUGCGAUAUGUUCAGAAGGGGCUGAUCAACCGAAAGUAUCUGGAGAUCGUGCUCAGCGAGCAGUUGGCACGCUAUCGUUUGGAAUGGAAACGCUUCCAGCCCCAGUUUGACUUCCAAAAGCAGCGUCACGAAACGAAAACCGAGGCUAUCCAUCGAGGCAAGACGACAGUGGCUCUCAAUCGUCUGGUGACAAAAGUUGUCAACUCGCAGCAUAAUAAAUUCGAUCAUCGUCGCUCGACUGUCGAAGCGACAAUUGCGCUCAAAGAAGAAGACGGAAGCCCAGACCUUGCGACUUGGAAGAGAAUGCUCGAGCUCUUGGCCAAAUUGGGCCCGAGCGGUAUGUCUGAAGAGGAGGAGACAAGUGCAACCAAGCAAGGCACAAAAGUCCGCAUGUACAAGAUCAAAGUCUGCAUCUGGCGUGCGCAGGACGUUGCGGACUAUAUGCGCAUGAUUGACACGCAGAGCGAGCACUUCCACGCCCUCCACAACGGCAACAAGCCUGCUCCUCGCGUGAGGACCAAGGAGAAAGGUACCAGAGCGGCGCCUAAGGGCCUUCCCAAGGUCCUGUAUAGUCCGGAGUGGCUUGCGUCGCUGACUCCGACGCAAGUGACGUUGUUGAAGGUCUCAAAGGAGAUUUUCAAGCUGUUUGCGGCAGCCAACAACCUCUCACCACUUAGUGGAUCGUCGCAGGACGGCAGCCAUACGCUCAUCAAGCUCGAGUCCCUCUCCGAACAGGAGCGGAAAACACUUGUACCCACUCCUCAUUUUCACGGCCUCGUACGCAAUGCCGCCGGUGUUUUUGUGGUCUUCAACGCCCAUCGACGCGCCCUCCUCAACAUCCCCGCCCGUCCUCUGAUGCCUUACGUUAGGCCAGCACUCUUUCAGACAGCUUGGAUGACACCGCAGCGAGUCCACCUUGCAUGCAGCCCCCAGUAUCCCAUUUAUCAUGGAGAUCUCUUGGGGGUGCUCAAUAUCUCGUUACGAAAGCUGCCGCUUGACGAGAGUACGCAAAAGUGGACCCUGGCUCCGUGGGUCAUUCGUCAAUGGACGGGCUUGGAAGGCCUUUUGGUCAAUUUCGCGACUGAGUUGCAAAACGAAGUCUGUCUGCUCCAGCCCCCUGUGAAUUGCGGAGCCAUGGUGCACCGGCCAGUCAGUUACGGCUACACGAGGUCUUUCGAAACCAAGUCUGAGCUCGUUUCGGCCAUCACGGUCUCGCAAGAGGCGUUUGUGCAGCUGGUCGCGGCCAUCGCCCUACAUUUCCUUGCUCUGGACGGGUUGUCAAAUUGCAUAGGCUGGCGAGAGCACAUCAUGAGGAGACUCAAUCUACCACAUAGGAUCAUGGACUCGCUUGAAGGCGUCGUAGAUUGCGUACUCCAAGAUCCAGCAGGGAUGAUCAUCGAUUGUACUGAACAAAGCACUCUCGAAAUCGAUUGGUUUUUCUUACUGCUCCUCAAUCCCACCGUCAGCAUUCAUCCGCCAGUGUACUUGUUUUUGGGUGAGGGUGAUUCGGCCGUGAAACGGGCCAGUCAUAUCGAAGCUUUCCCGUCGAUGCACAAGAUUGGUCUACGUGUCCAGGAUAUGGUCGUCACUCUUGCAAAGCUCCCUCCAAACCCAAUCGCAGCGUGUGAAUAUGUUUUCGUGAAGACAUCCAUGCGUAUCAAUGGAGUCUUCCCGAAUCCGGACUACUAUGCAGCACUGAAGGAUACACCGCGGCAAUUCCCGGCUGUAGAACCUCACAGCCAACAGCGGGAGGGGGCAAGCUUUUCUGACUUCUUUGCUCGCCGUCAGGCACAAAACCAGCGCAAGCUGGCGGUGGAGAGCUCGGAGGAACGGCAGAGACGUCUGUCGCUGGAAACGCUUGUGGCGUCCGGGCGCACUCUGACUCGACGGACGACUGUGUACAUCUGGCGAGAAAUCGAUGGCUUCUGGAUCCGUCAACACCUCCCACGAAGCCAAGCCGAGGAUGAGUGGUCUCUCUUUGCGACAACCCAGCGCAUAUAUGACUCAUUCUCCAAUACUUGGGACAUUUGUCCUCCCCUUGAUCCUAAACCUGCACGCGAUUCAUGGGACUCUGAUAGUGAUGAUGAAGACGAUUCCGACAAUCCCUAUGACAGCUUCUUUACUUCCACGGGUGAUGAUAGUACCAAUGCUGCUCCCACCCCAAACACCAGCUACAGCUUGUAUGCUGGCUCCGACACUCAGCUUCCUCCAGACCUUCCUGCUGAAGUAGUGACUGCGCUCCAAAAUCCUUGCGCUGCUCUCGAACAUGUCGACUCGUAUCACGAUUGCAGCCAAGAGACCCUUGCACUGCCUGGCAUCAACGUUGCUGCCGAACACACCGUAGCCAGUGUGCUCAAGUACCGUGUAGGUUUCGUGGACAAUCCGGGGCAUCACUAUCCAGACAGUGAACUGUUAGGAGUAGAACACUGCUGCCGCUAUCUGGGACGGACGAACGCACCUGAUCCGCCCGGCCGUGCGGCGCGUGCACUUCUGUUCGCCUUGUCAACAGCGAAAACGCUCAGUGACAUGCCCGCCAAUCUCUUCGAUCUCGCAGGAGCCGAGUCAUCUGAUGUCGUUUGGGAUAACUCUGGUGUCAUCAUUGACAUGCAGGAGAGCAUCUACCAGAAAGCGCCUUGGUCGACUGCCUAUGUCCUCAAGCCACGGGAUGAACAAUAUAAUGACCGAAGUGCUCUCAUCUUCAGCGCAGCCACUGUCAUGGAGAUCGUUAGGCGGCGCACAAGAACCUGGCCAGACCUUAUCUCAGCGCUCUUCGAUCUCGGUGUUCCUUUCCACGUCACCGUUGAGAGUGCCGCUGUCCCAUUGGCUCCACAUCAGCCCAACCUUUUCCAAUGGAGGGGCCUGGGAGUCCGGCCUGAGACGUAUAAGCCUAACCCCCACGACUUGAACAUCUAUUGGGAUCUAUUGCAGCGUUUCCUUCGCUCUUCUCGUGGCCGCCUUGCACUUCAAGCUGGAGGCGUCGUUGCUCGGCUGGCUCGGCUGGUCAUCGAGAACGCGGAGUUGGAGCUGAGAUCAGAGGAUGUUGAUAUCGAGACAGCCGAGGAGAGAAUCCAGCUGACGGAUUCAUCGUGGUUCUUCCAUGCUCUGACACAGGACGAACACGACUUGAUUCUUGGGGUUUACUCUCUUGAAAUCAGUGGCUCAACAAGUGGCAGACGGUUGUUGGCCAUCAAGAAAAACGUGUUUCGUGGUGGCCUCAAGAGGGCGCUUUCUACAGUUCCGGGAUGA